CAACUCGUAAAAUUGACUUCUCUAUCUUCUUUUAGUGUGGCAUGCAAUAAUCUUUCUGGGAAAUGUCCCAAACGGGUUGCACAAUUUGCUACAUUCGAUGAGAGUAGCUAUGAGGGAAACCCUUUUCUCUGUUGCACCUAUCCACUACAGCCUUCUAAACCAAUAAUAGGGCUACCAACUUUCAACGAUGGAGAUGAUGAUGGUGAUGGAGGAGGCCUCAUUGAUAUGAAAAUUUUCUAUGUAACCAGUGGAGUAUCUUUCAUUAUGGCGUUGUUGAUAAUCGCGAGUGUUCUUUACAUAAAUCAACACUGGCGACAAGUAUGGUUUUACUAUGUCGAGAUCACCAUUACUAGUUGCUAA